AAAACACGGAGAGCUGACCGUGGUACUGAAAAUAUCCCAUAGCGCCGUGCAAGAAAAGCCUACCAUACGGCUUACACAAACGAAACCACUAUACAAACAAAACGGCAACAUUCAAACAAAGAAUUUAUUGUUGAAGCGGAUCCUUACACGUAAAUAACUUAAAUACAAAGUUUGAAGAGGACACAAUUCGUGCGUCGGACUACGCUGCCAUUGACAGGAUUCCCGGUUCAAACACGUAUGUGUGGUCAUGAUCUGGUGGCAACAAACUUCAAAUGUCCCCUUCAUUUUCCUGUUCAUGUUAUUUAGUCUCACAUUCAAUUCUGCAACAUUCAGUCCAGUGACAGCAGAUAGAAACACAGUAAGUGACAACUAUGCAGCAUCCUCCUCUGCUCAGCAACAGGCUCAAUAUACUCAACCAGCCGAGGAACAGGGCACGCUACAUGAGGAAAAAGAAGAUGAUGAGCUCUUCAAAGACAUGGAUCCUAGAACCCUAGCAGCGGUCCUUCUCGAGGCCCUCAACCAGCCCCAGAAGGAAAAGAUGAGUGAACGAGAAGAUGGGGGAACAGAAGUGGAAAAGGAGAAGUAUCUUCAGGGUGCAGACAGAGACAGAGAUGGUCACAAAGAGCUGGAGCUGGUCAUGGCAGCUGCUGCAGCACAAGGAAAAGACGAGAAAGAAAGAGAGGAGGAAGAGGAGAAAGAAAGGGCUGAGGAAGAACAGCUAACGGAGAAAGUGACAAGCCGCACCACCAGUCAGACAGUACCAUUAAAAGAGCAGGUGGCCCCACAGGAGGGGGCCACAAAAGAGGAGGUGAUCAAGGAGGAGGAGAGGCAGGAGCCAGAGAGAGGAGAACUGGGGGAGGAGGAAGAGCAGCUGAGUCCAGAGGAAGUGAAGAAUCUGGAGACUAUGUUAGAGGAAUUCCAGAGCUACAGCACAGCCACUAAGAGAGAGCGUGACAUGUCCACAGGCCAGAGGGAGAGCCGUGGGGAGUAUUUCGAUUACCUGGACCGUAAUGGCCUCAUGAACAAUGAGAUCAAGCCUAAAGCUAAAGGCAGUGACCUAGCACUGUCCAAGAAGAAGCUAAAGUGGCAGCUUGAACAAGAAAAGAACAAAAUUCAGAAUUCAGGCAAUUUAAUGGAUGACUUUACCAACAACCUUUCUGACCCAGAGGAAGAAGAUGAGGAAGACCAAGAAGACGAAGAACAGCUGAGCACUGAAGAAGAGGAAACUCGGGCCAAAGCGGAGCAAGAGGAGGUACGAAGACAGGCAGCCGAGGCACAAAGAGCCAAAGCGGAGGAAGAAAAGCUUGCAGAUAUUGCAUCCGACAUGCUCCUGAAAUACAUCAUGAAACAGGACAAAAAAAAGUACCAAGACAACAAUGGUGCAGAAGACAAGCGCUCUGAUGAGGAGGACACUAGUAAUGAUGACGAUGACAUUGACCCACAGACCAUCGAUAAGUUGAUUGAGAUCUCCAGCAAGCUGCAUCUUCCUGCUGAUGAUGUGGUGGACAUCAUUAACGAUGUGGAGAAGAAGAAGAAAAAAGAUCCUCCUGAAAAUCUCCCAUGGCAACAUCCUCUCGUGCCGCCUCCAGCCCCCAUUGCACCUUCUACACUGUUACAGAAACCACCUUCCUCAAAGCCUCCUCAACCGAACACAAACCCAUUAAAAGCCUGGUUCAAAGACAGGGCCUCGUUCAAGCCCAGCAAGCAAGACUUUUGGAUGAGGCAGCAGUGGCCCUUUCGUACCUACCCUUCCUACAAUUUCUAUCAAAAACCCUACCGGGGAUAUUACCCAACCUAUGUACCACCUCCAAAACCAAGAUCCCGCUACUAUCCCAAGCCCUCUUUCUCCCUCAAUGACAUUUUGGGAAACUCACUAGACUAUGACUUUGAUUACUCCCCCAGACGGAAGUCCCGUCCCUGGGCGCACUCUCGCCAAAGACUCCAACCAGCCUUCCAGCGAAACCUCUACUUCCCUCACCCUCUCAAAACUGUACCUAUGCCUAAACCCCGGUCACCUCCGCGUCGCUGGCCGUCUUUCUAUUACCCAGCCCGAGCUCCUGUAGUCACCAGGGAGGAUGAUUACUAUAGUCCGCUGAGGCAGCUGCCACAGGACAGUGCAGAGGAGCUGGAGAACUUCAUCGAGAAGGUCUUUAUGAAACAUCCCAGGAUGUUUCAGUGA